AUGGAUGAAUCCGGUAUUGAUAUGGGGUUCGAUCUCGCCUCCUUUUUGACAAACGACUAUCAAGUUGACCAUAUUUUGGAUGAAAUGACAGCAGCCCAGCACCAGGACUUCAUGUACUACGAGCUGAAGUCGAAAGCAGUGCCUGUAACAGAAAGCCCAUAUACGCAAAUGAGGAUUAAUUUCACCAAAGCUAAAGCGCUCGCGACCUUGAAAACUCGACUUGGCAAAGCCCCCAGUUUUGCUAUGUUUAUGGCCAUUCUC